UACUAUGCUAUUUUCAUAAAGGCAGCCUUACUACCAGUAUCUACAUUUGUCCGUCCUAUAAUAUCAGGAAUUAUUAAGAUUUCAGCAUGUAUUCUAGCAUGGUGGCUUGUAUCAGUUUUUGGUAGACGCAAGAUAAUUGCAGCUGCUUUAAUGUUUGCUGGGAUAGCAGUUCUAACGGCUGCAUUUUCAGUUCAUCCGAUGGUAAGUGCCACUUUUGCAGUGAUCUCCAAAUUCUUCCUGUCAAUGUCUUACGUUAUUGUGAUACUUAUUACAUUGGAGAUGUUACCAACAGACAUCAGAAAUGUUGGAGUUGGUGUAACCUAUGCCUUCUCCUCUAUUGGUACAAUAUUGGCACCUUUUAUUCUGAAGUUGGAUGAACUCUGGAAGCCUUUGCCAUUCAUUGUAUUUAGUUUCCUGCUUGUUGUCAUGGGGUUACUUUCAUUGGUAUUGCCAGAAACUAAAAACCAAAACUUGCCCCAAAACCUGGAUGAGUUUGAAGCAAUAAUUGGAUUCAGUAAAGCGAUUAAUAAGAAACCAAAACAGAAUGACUCUACAAUAGGAUUAAUGUUAAAAGCCGAGACACCAAGUGUGUAGACAAAUCCACCAGACUGGCAACAUUUUUUUUUUCCUUUUUAAGCAAUUACUUCGCCAAAAUUGUUUGCUUUUAAUUGUAAAAAAAAAAGUUGUACAUAGCUUCAAGGAUUUUUUUAAAAACACAAAAUGCCAAUUUUGAACAGAAUUUUUAAAUCUGACUUGCCAGCCUUAUAAUGUAUCAAAUUGUAUGCAAGAAAUGAGUACAGUACUAAAAUUUACAUUAAUUAGACAAUAUGUAUAGAUAUUCCUGCCCUUUCUGUCGUUUUUGAGCUCAUCACCAUCAACUUUUAACCAAUGACUGACCAACACACUUUUCCUGUAUGUUGCGCCCUCUAGAGAUCGAUUGCUUCUGUGAAGUCGUAAUAAUGUCGCUGGAUAACUAUUGCUGCAGUGUUGCUCAAAGCAUUAACUAUCUUAGAAUGUGCAAGUUGUUUAUAGUCUAGAAUAUAGUCAAUCUCGUGAAAAUGUUAUUUUUAUCGAUGUAUGACUACUGACCAAAACAAUACAACACUCUGACCCGCCGUUCUUUUACCAACGUUCUUUGUCCAAUGGUCUCGUUUCCAACCACCUGUUCAUCUUUCACCUGCAAGAAUUAUAAGAAUUAACCAUUCUCCUUCCCUCACCACAUCUCUGACCUCAUCCCCCACUUUACCUCUAAUCACCAUGUAUUCUCUGAUGCUGUCAUUUCAAUGUGUUUUAUCGCCAUAGUUACAUGCCUUCCUCAUUACCAAUUUUUUUCAACAAUAUAUCUACAAAGUGUCAAAUUUAAUUAUAUUGAAGUAUUUUAAAAAUUUACAGCCAGCUAUUUUUUGCAAAUAUUUAUUUUUAUCCCUUAUUGAUGUCUAUUUCAGUAUAGACCAGAAAUAUAUUGGAAUUAAUUAUAACUUACAAUCACUUUGACAUACUGAAUGGCACAUUCCAUUAUUAUUUCAUGGGGCCAAGGGUAUGCUUGCGUUUGCCAGAUUCAUCACCCAUACAAAUUCAAUAGUAUUUAAGGAAAUGUGCAUUUCGUUCUGAUUAAUAAUUAUUCAAUUUCUUGACAAAAAUUAAUUUUAGUUACCUUUGUCGGUAUCAUUUUUUAAAGUAAUACCGCUAAUACUGCUAAACAGUAGUUUAUUUAAAUAUUUAGACUCAGAUUCUUAAAGUCUUGGGUUUAUUUUCGCUGUUUUAAUUGAUAAAUUCAUCACAAGCCAAAGAUUAUUGUUGUGUGCUUUUUUUUACGCUUUUUAAAACAUAAAAAUAAAAGUCAGAAAAUUUGUUUG